CCCCCUGUGACGUCAGCAUGACGCACCCACUAACUUCUCCCAUGAAUAACAAUAAUAACAUUAGCAACCAACAGAUCAGCACCAGAAUUGCUAAUCACAUCACAGAUAUUUCAGAGUGGACUUCUCCUUUAACAGAGCGCUCUCUAGUGAGGGAUUGUGUCCGAUCUGGCAACACCUUACUUCCAGCAGAUAAACUGUGUGUGUUUGUGUUUUCACUCGCUUGUAGUGUGGAGAUCUGCGCGCGAGCCUCAGCAGCCAUGCAGUCAUCUUAAACACUGUAACUUGCACUUUUACACAGUUUUAGUACAAGAGCUUCUGAGCACUGCAAGGGGAGUUCUUCCUAAACUCAUGUAAUAUAGAUCGGAUCAGAUCGGACGGGGGGGUGACACUGAGACAGACAGACAGCGAGACAGACAGACAGAUGGAGGCGCGCGAGCGCGACACCGCCGCGGCUGCGGGUCCGGGUCAGUCCGCGUGCAGGCUCACCGGCUCGUCCCGGUGGGUCCGGCUCAACGUGGGGGGCACUUACUUUCUCACAACCACGCAGACUCUGUGCCGGGAGCCCAAGUCUUUCCUGUACCGCCUGUGCCAGGAGGAUCCCGAGCUCCACUCUGACAAGGAUGAGGUGGGUGCAUAUUUGAUCGACAGAGAUCCAGUGUACUUUGGGCCCGUGCUGAACUACCUGAGACAUGGCAAACUGGUCCUCAACAAAAAUCUGACAGAGGAAGGAGCUCUUGAAGAGGCGGAGUUCUACAACAUCACAUCACUAAUUAAACUUAUCAAGGACAGGAUCAGAGAACGAGAUGCCAAAACCCUACAUACUCCAAUGAAGCAUGUGUACAGGGUGUUGCAGUGUCAGGAGGAGGAACUCACUCAGAUGGUCUCCACCAUGUCAGAUGGAUGGAAGUUUGAGCAGCUUGUCAGUGUAGGCUAUGGGCGGACACAGAAGUCUGAGUUUCUCCUGAUUGUGUCUCGCGAGGUCAAGGGGGAGGAGUCGUGUCAAACUCACCCUGCCCACUGCGGAGAGCUGGUAAGCAUCGGCUCCUCCUAUAACUACGGCAGCGAAGACCAGGCUGAGUUCCUAUGCGUUGUUUCCAAGGAGCUUCAAAACCAGUCAUCCGGUAACAACAGCCAGCCGAGUGAGAAAGCCAAGAUACUCCAGGAGCGAGGCUCUCGGAUAUGAGGCUCUCGGAUAAAACACCUAUGUUCAGAAACAUAUAUACGAGUUUUAUUUACUGAAAUGUUUUCUUGGAAAUGAUCAAAAGUAUCAAAAGAAAGAGGAAGUGGGAGUUGAGGUAAAUAUGAAAACGAAGGUAACUGUUGCUGAAUUGUUUGACUCCUAAAAAUUACUCGGUACUAAAUGAAGCUUGAAAUCAACGUUAUUCAUCAUUUUGCAUCUAAUUGCAUUAUUUACGUAAGAAACAAAACACUUGGGGUGUGCUGUGAUAGGAAAAUAAUCAAUAACAUUAAGUGAAAGUUGAUUAUUUUUCAUAACGAAAUGUUUUAUUCCUUUUGCACCACUGCAAUCUGUUGUCAAAGAUCAACAUACUGUACAUUUUAUCCAUUCAAAUUGGUAAUUUAAUGUGACGCUUGCUGACGUCGUGAUCAUUUCCGCUCUAAGAAAUUUCAGUAAAUGAAACAUCAUUUAGCAUGACCACAAAUACUCACGUCAAACACAUAGAUUACGCAUGAGGUAACACCCCCUGAUCACACAAGCCCUGUAAAUGACUCUGUAUGUCUCAUAUUUAUUCAACAUUCAAGGUCUUGCCCAGUGAUUCUGACCUUAACAUGUUUAUUUUAGAAUCAUUUUGUCAUUCAGUAUUUGUUUUAUUAGAGCCAUAGAACUUAUUGUUCCUGAACUUUCCAUCGAUAGAAUGCAUUUAGGUCUGAGCUGACUUUGGUGCUUGGACCCCUAAAUAUAAUCAUGUGGGUGUGAGUUCCACCACUAUAACUACAUUAAAAAAAAAGAAAGAAAAGAAAAAACGCACAGACCCCGUAGUUAUGCUUCACGCACCCCACUUUGAGAACCACUGUAUUAAAGAACAACACAUCAUCUGUCUGGAAGACUUUCCCCAUUACUGCUUAAACUGACAGCUUUACUUCUCACAUGUUACAGUGCCAUGUUCAAUAAAUGAGCAAGCUGUUCCACAUUGACACUAAGGAUGCUGAAGCACUGUACAAGACCUUGUACAACAUUUAGUUUUAAUGUAAUGUUAAGAAACGCUUUGGUGAAAAAGCUCAUUGAAAGUUUUCCACUUACCUUGAUUAGCUGAGACAUGCUAGGCUUGCGAUGUCUGUAUCACUCAAAACCUUCUCCAUGAAAAUACACUUACACGUGUCAUAAAAAUAGCGUGACUUGAAGUUGCUUAUCUGUAAAAAUGAACAAAAAUGGACUGUGUAGCUAAACACUGUGACUCUACAGUGUUCUUUAGGAGAACGUGGGUGAUUUAUAUCUCAGGGAAAGAGCAAACAGUCGUGUAGUCUAAUCUAAUUGAUUAUAAUUUGCGUUGCAAAAUAUUAUUAUUGACUAACAUGCUAAACUCUUUGCAGAGUUACUGUUACCACUCCGAAAUUUAGUAUUGUCCAAUAACAGCACAUUCUGGCAGCACUUUAUUCCUCUUACACCACACUAAUUUGCUGACAUUAACAGUUUUUUUAAAUGGAUUAAAGAACAAUAAGUCCUGCUUUUUUUUCGAUUUUUUGUUAUGUUUAAUGUUGUGGAAUGUCCAAAAAAAAAAAAAAGUUGGUUCCUGUUGUCAAUUACGUUCUAGCAGCUAUAACCAGUCAUUCCCUCAUUGGCCUUUCUUUCUCCUCUCUCUUGAAGUUAAUAAGACAAAAAAAAAAAUAAUGCAGCUAGUCAUGUUACCAAAAAACCGCAAAGCUCUUCGUCCUGAAGAUGGAAAACUAUGACUGUCACAAUGCUCUGAUACUGGAGACUCCUUCUAUAAGAAAGAUUGAAAGAAUCUCUGCAACAAAGAACAAAAAACAAGCAAAAAUUUGCAAAGUAUCUCUGCUGUUUGUGGAUCUAAUAAUUAAACAAAAUUUCUAAAGGCUCUGUGUUUUUGGGGGUGUACAUAUUUGCGUUUGUUUUAGGAUAUCCGCUUGUUACUGUCUAGAAUCAUCUUAUAUUAUAUACUUUAUUUAAUAAACAUAACCUAAUACAGUAUACGUGGGUCUGCUGAAGAUUUAUUUUACACGUGAUAAAUGAUGCACUUCAGGUCUGCUGAGUCUCGUGUGUAAAUCAUGCAAUACACAUAUUUAUAUACUUAUAAUUAUUUAUCUAUGAACUGUCACUUCUUUAUUCACUUUAGGUAUACAGACUGUUAUGCUAAUAAAUGCAUUUUAACAAAA